GCACAGCACCUUUGUGUGUGUGUGUGUGUGUGUUGCUAGCUGCUAAAGUAGCUGAAAGGUUGGCCUCGCCGCUCCUCCACAAAGACAGGGUUUGACGGGUACAGAUCGACGGUUGGGACCUCCAGAAGAGGAAGUGUCACCUGCAACCGCGUUGUGUUAAGCACCAAACUUUACCAUGGGCAAAAAGUCUCGCGGAGAAGAGUCUUCAUCCUCUGAUGAGGAAGAAUAUGUUGUGGAAAAAGUGCUGGACAGGAGGGUGGUGAAAGGAAGGGUUGAGUUCUUCCUAAAGUGGAAGGGAUACUCGGACAAGCACAACACAUGGGAACCAGAGAAAAAUUUGGAUUGCCCUGAGCUUAUUGCAGAAUUCAUGAAGACCUACAAGAAAAGCAGUGGCGGGACCUCCACACCCAGCAGUGGGGCCAGCAAAUCAAACACGGCCGCCUCUGGACGCUCCAAAGAUUCCAGCAGCUCAAAGAAGAGGAGCUCGGAUGAUGACGAGGAAGGUGGAAGUAAGCCCAAGAAGAAAAAAGAGGAUGACAUUCUAGUCGCACGCGGCUUUGAGAGAGGACUUGAGCCGGAGAAGAUCAUUGGAGCAACAGACUCAUGUGGAGACCUCAUGUUUCUUAUGAAGUGGAAAGACUCUGAUGAGGCUGAUCUCGUGCUCGCAAAGGAGGCCAAUCAUAAGUGCCCACAGAUUGUCAUAGCCUUCUAUGAGGAACGUCUCACCUGGCAUGAAGACAGUGACAAGAAGGAGAAGGAUGCAGUCAGUGCGUGAGUGUAUCGCCUCAGGAGGAAACGGGACCUCUUCACUGCAGGGACAACCUUGAGUCAGACAUUUUUCACAUCCUAAACUCCCAACCUUCAAUUUUUACCAUGUCCAGCAAUGACACACACAAAUUUUGGACACUGUGUUAUCUCCAUCCAAGCCUCAUUGGAGCACACGGGCCCAGACUACUAAAAAGGAUCCAUCAUUCAGGAGGAGAAGCUGUAGUUGACAUGGGUGAUAUGCUACUGGGGAGAGUUUAUACUAUUCUGUCUUUGUAUUCUUUACUUUCUUCAAAAAAAAAAAAAAAUUUUUUUAACACAUUGUUUUAGUGCUUACAGGAUACGAUUAUGUUAGUGUUGAAAAUCAGAGUUGGUACAGGCUGUGUUAACCCAGAGUGUGUUCCAUUGUGGGUUCACAACUUUUAAUUUGCUAUAAACGGUGUACCUCUUCUUUUUAAGAACCCAGCUGACACCACAAGGAUGAAAACAUUUUUUAUUUUUUUUAAGUCAGGAAGCAGCAGCAGCCGCCGCAGCACUUUCCUGACUGCAUAAUCGCUUCCUUUUAAAAGGAAAAACUUCGAUAUCAUAGGUUUCUCAUUUGUCUUGCUGUAAAGCCUGCCAGGAUGGAUUUACUCAGUUUUUUCAUAAUGUAAUUCAUAAUGUAGUGGUGGGUUGUUUUUUGUCUUGUGUGUUUUUUUUUUUUUUUUUUUUUUUUGGUUUUUUUUUUUUGUUUGUUUGUUUGUUUGUUUGUUUUUUUUUAAAUAACAAAGUUUUAUUUUCAAGUUCAAAUAUACCGGUCUAUACAAAUAUACAUUACCACAUCAACAGCUAACCAAAAGGACAGUAAAACCAAUUAUGCACUUUUUUUUUCCCCCUUAAAUAAACGUGUGGGUUUUUUUUUUUUUUUUUUUUUUUUUGUUUGUUUGUUUUUUUUGUUUUUUAUUUGUGUGUUCAAGUCUGACAAUCUUCUAUGUAUCCAAGUGAAAUGAAGCCAGGGUUCGUGCCUGUCAUUAGGGUCUGCCACCUUGUGGCCAAAAGAUGUAAACCUUGAAUGUGUGACCAAUCCCUAUGACAACCCUGUGGUUUUAAUAAUUGUUGUUAGUCAUCUUUUGAUUUUUAUGUUAAAUGGUUAUUGACAUUGCCCUAAUUUCAAACAUUAAAGCAAGCUUUGAACUGAAUUGGUCACAUCCUGGGUUCUCUUGUGUUGACUCUAUUUGUUCUUAGCUUAAGAUUUUUUUUAUUUUACUUACUUUUUUAUUUUAUUUUUUUAUCCCCUUUCUCUUCUGGGACCUGAAAAGCACCUCCAAGCUUUUAUACACAAGAUGGAUGUCAGCUUUGCAGUUUGAUCUGUUGUGCUCCAGCGUGGACUCUUGGGACCAAAUGUUUCGUGUCUACCGAAUAAAAUCUGUUUUGUUUUAUUUUAUUUUUAUUUUUUUUAAUCAAUGUUUUUAGCUUUAAUUGGCAUUGUGAAUGAAGGCUGUGCACCUCUCCCCUUUUCAUAUGUACCAUACACAAAUUAUGUCCCUUGAUAUUAACUUAGAUGAUCCUUUUGGUGUCGAUUCCUUUAAUGACAAGUAUUCGGUUCCUGAAUAAUUUUUUUUUUUUUUGCCAUUGCAGAAUUUUUAAAAUGUAGACUAUUUCUUGUGUGAAUGAAAUGUUAUGAGUAUGUGUACAGUAG